UCAGCCCGUUAGCGGACGGUUAUAAGCAAGGAAAGUUUGAGAAGUUUGUCUCAGUAUCUCCGUGGUCCCAAACUUGGAUUUCAAGAACGCAGUGUGAUUCACGAAGUUACGGAGAAAGUCCCUUAGGACUCUCUUCCUGCUUCUCAGUAACUUUCCAGCUAAGGCUCGGUGAGGAUGGGUGACUGGAGUGCUCUGGGGAGGCUGCUGGACAAGGUCCAGGCCUACUCCACCGCAGGAGGCAAGGUCUGGCUCUCCGUGCUCUUCAUCUUCAGGAUCCUGGUCCUGGGCACGGCCGUGGAGUCUGCCUGGGGUGACGAGCAGUCCGCCUUCAAGUGCAACACCCAGCAGCCCGGUUGUGAGAACGUCUGCUACGACAAGUCCUUCCCUAUCUCGCACGUGCGCUUCUGGGUACUGCAGAUUAUCUUUGUGUCUACGCCGACGCUCCUCUACCUAGCACAUGUGUUCUACCUGAUGAGGAAGGAGCAGAAGCUCAACAGGAAGGAGGAAGUGCUGAAGGCGGUGCAGAACGACGGCGGUGACGUGGACAUCCCCCUGAAGAAGAUUGAGAUGAAGAAGCUGAAGCACGGCCUGGAGGAGCACGGCAAGGUCAAGAUGAAGGGUGCCCUGCUCAGAACCUACAUCGUCAGCAUCUUCUUCAAGUCUAUCUUCGAGGUGGGCUUCCUGGUCAUCCAGUGGUACAUCUACGGUUUCAGCCUGGCAGCUGUCUACACCUGUGAAAGGGCACCAUGCCCGCAUCGCGUCGACUGCUUCCUGUCCCGACCCACAGAGAAAACGGUCUUCAUCAUCUUCAUGCUGGUGGUGUCCCUAGUCUCACUGGCCCUCAACGUCAUUGAGCUGUUUUACGUCUUCUUCAAGAGGAUCAAGGACCGGGUCAAGGGUAGGCAACCCGCCACCGUCUACCCCCCCAGUGGCACUCUCAGCCCCACCCCAAAGGAUCUGCCUGACACCAAGUACGCCUACUACAAUGGCUGUUCCUCUCCCACAGCACCCCUUUCCCCCAUGUCUCCCCCAGGGUACAAGUUGGCCACGGGCGAGAGAACCAACUCCUGCCGCAACUACAACAAGCAGGCCAAUGAGCAGAACUGGGCCAACUACAGCACGGAACAGAACCGGCUGGGCCAGAACGGCAGCACCAUCUCCAACUCCCACGCCCAGGCUUUCGACUUUCCCGAUGACACCCAGGAGCAUAAGAAACUGAGCGCGGGCCACGAGCUGCAGCCGCUGGCCCUGCUGGACCCCCGCCCCUGCAGCCGGGCCAGCAGCCGCAUGAGCAGCCGGCCCCGCCCGGACGAUCUAGACGUCUAGCCCCUCCCCCUCUGCUCCUACAUUCUCUAGGCAACUUCCUCUGACCUCAGAGGAAAGAAGGGGCAAGUGGCCGAGCCGGAGAACCAGGAAGUUAGAGUGCCAAGGUGGGCGUGUUAUUGUUUUUUUUUGUUUUUUUUACACACGCGUUCCGAAGGGGGCGGGGCCACAGCGAUCACUGUUCUCGUUUUAGAAGAGACUCUUAGGUGAUAAAAAGAGACAUUAAAAUACUUUAACACUGUUGGAGGUACUACACGAUGUAUUGAUGACUUUGAAACUAGUGGAGCUAACCAGCGUUAACACACACAAAUAGAGGUGGAGCUAAGGGACCUGAGUGUUCUGAUACCUGGCCCACAGAAUCAUCUGUCUAUGCCUGGUGGUGUUUUGGUUGAAUGAUCUUGUUUCUCUUUUCUUUUUUUUGCCGUAUAUGAUACAUUCUUAUGGCCACACACAAUGACAACAUUCCUUUAUAAAAGUGUUUUACUUUGCAAGAUCGCUCUGGAUAAGAGCGUCUGCUAAAUGACUAAAUGUAAAUGUAAGAUGCGUCCUCUCUCUCAAUGUCUUGGAAAGUAGUUUAGUCAGAAAGACCUCAUGACACCCACAUUUUAUCUGAGAGAGCCUGUCUCUGUUUAAAUAGUCUCGUCGGAUGGUUGUUAAGUGUCAUGGAGACUAUUUAUUUUUGGGUGAACGUAGACACGACUCCCACCACUAACAGAGGAGACUGACUUCUAGCCAAGGUCUGAUCCAGAAUCCACACAAUGAUUCUUUAAAGUUACUACACCCAACUUCAUAUUUAUUGAAUAUUAUCCAAAUUUCAGCAGCACAUUUCUUUCUAUGUGAAGAAGAGGGGAACUUUUUAUAAAUGAUCGUCGACUGUCAUUUCCUGAAAAACUUUGAAUUUAUGUGGUGUCAGUUGUUUUUAGUAUUUGUUGUCUCUGGGUUUUGUGGGGAAAAGGUGAUGGGAGAGUCUGUGCAAGCGAGCUGCUGUAGGGCCGGUUAACAACAAAGUGUUUUUAUUGUUAAUGUAUGUGUUCUAGAGUAUCUUGUUUGACAGAAAGGCUUUAUUUGUUUUAAUUUUCAUGUAUGUUUUUUGUUUUCUUUCUUGGGGGUGGGUAAGAGUGGGGUGGGGGUGGUAGAGGACGAGGGUAGUAGAAUGGUUAUUUGUGUUUUAACUUUGUUUUUGAGUGAAUGAUUUUAUUUUCCAACUCAAUGUAAUCGUUGCUGCUUGAGAGGUAGAUGUUUAGUACUGUAAAACAAGCUAACUGUGUCACAAAAAAUGUGAGUUUUUAGAAGACUGCUUAUAGACCUGGACUAAUAUUUAGUCAAAUAUAUUAAAAAGGUUUACGCCUGCGUAGCUUCACUCAACUACCAAACACUUGUAGAUGGAAUUACAAUUGGACAAUUUUAAUUUCUUACGGUUGUUGUUUUGUUUUUUUCUUCAAGUUUGCAUCCUGGUAUUUCGGUACUUAAACAGAGAGUUUCCUGGAUUUUUCAGCUACAAUGGUGUUUGCACUGAGCUCUUGACUAGGUUGUUAUAUGAUGGAAAAUGUGGCAAGUGUUUUCUGAUAUGCAUGUUACUAAUUUAUUUUAAAACACCCCAGGCAGAAAUCACCACAGCACAUUCUUCAUGCAGAUAAACAGACAGACAGAUACAGACACACAGACAGACAAACAGACACACAGACAGACACACAGACAGACACACACACAGACACACAGACACACAGACACACAGACACACAGACACACAGACAGACAGACAGACAGUGAUGUUCGACAACUGGGUUCAAUGAUAUUGAAGGGCUACAACAGUGAUGUCUCCCCAGUCAACACACCCAACAACACAAGUUAAACAUGAUCGGUGUACAUUUGUUCUAGAGCAUGGUCAGAAAAUGCCAUUCCAUGGAGAUCCACUGUUGUACAGUGUGAAAGUGCAUGAUAGAAAAAAUAAAUAAAUAAAAAUGAAAAGUCAUUAAUCAUAUCUGUGAAAAGCUAUUUUAACCAAUAAAGAUUUUUUUCUUUCUUAUA